AGAUUCCCAGGGCUAGCUGCAGUUUGUUGACAGAAACCACUGGGUGAGAGAGAUACAGUAGUUCAAGUUUCGUGUGGUAUAGAAAUGAUUCCUUUUUAUUAUUAUUUUUUUUUCAUUUUUACUGGGAUAAGUAUAUACUAAAUUGCUUAAUCGUCCUUAAAAAAUAACUAGAGUUAUCGUUCACUAAAUUAAGUGGUGGUGAAAAUGUAGUGUUGUUUUUUGUUUUUUUUUUUUCUCAAAAAUGUGGAGCGCCCUCUAUUAAACCUGUCGGGAAGUAGUGUAAGUGACUGCUGGAGGCUUAAAGAUCUCUUAUCGAUCGUUUCUUAUCGAGUGGCAGGACUCACCUUUAUUGACAGAAGAUAACAUAUGGAACAGAAAACGAGUUGACUGACUUGUAUCAGAGACAAAUAUUCCAUCAUGGAUUUGGCAGUAGAUGACAACAAGAGCAUUGGAAGAAGAGCGCAUGUCAGUCCAUUUCAACUUGUCCAGCAGCUGUUUGGAUUGCUGCUUCUGAUCUCCCCGCAUGUUGACACCUUGAAGCAGAACAUACCAAGACUCACGCUGUCAUAUAAAGAAAUGCUGUUCUCAAACAGUUGCAUGCCGUUCUUGGGCUCAGCUGACGGGCUUAAUUUCCAAACCCUGCUGCUGGAUGAGGAAAGGGGACUCAUUCUGCUGGGAGCCAAAGACCACAUUUUUUUGCUUGGUUUGGAUGAUUUAAACAAGAACCCACGGAAGAUUCACUGGCCUGCCUCUAAAGAAAAAUUUGAACAAUGUAAACUAGCUGGGAAAAAUGCAUAUACAGAGUGUGCAAAUUUCAUCAGGGUUCUCCACAGCUAUAACAAGACUCAUGUGUAUGCCUGUGGCACAGGAGCCUUCCACCCUGUGUGUGGAUUUAUUGAAACUGGAGGCCGUGGCGAGGAAACCACAUUUCGUCUGAAUAAACAGAGUUUGGAAUCUGGUAGACUGAAAUGCCCCUUUGAUCCAUGGCAGCCAUUUGCUUCUGUUUUAACAGAUGAGUACCUUUAUGCUGGGACUGCAUCGGAUUUUCUUGGCAAGGACACGACGUUCACUCGUUCUCUGGGACCACCGUAUGAUCGACAUUACUUAAGAACUGAUAUUUCUGAACACUAUUGGAUAAAUGAGGGUAAGUUUAUUGCAGCUCAUCAAAUUCCAGACACCUACAAUCCUGAUGAUGAUAAGAUCUACUUCUUCUUUCGAGAAACUUCUAGAGAGGGCAGCGUCUUUGACAAAACUAUCUUUUCAAGAGUAGCUCGAGUGUGCAAGAAUGAUGUAGGGGGUCUGAGGAGCUUGACAAAUAAGUGGACAACAUUUCUUAAAGCCAGACUGGUUUGCUCCAUUCCUGGGCCAGACGGUGUGGAUACACAUUUCGAUGAAUUGCAAGAUAUGUUCCUGCUUUCAACAAAAGAUGAAAGAAAUCCCAUUGUCUUUGGAGUGUUUACUACUACAAGUUCUAUAUUUAAAGGUUCUGCAGUCUGUGUGUACAGAAUGGCUGACAUACGAGCUGUAUUUAAUGGUCCGUAUGCUCAUAAAGAAGGCCCAGACCAUCGAUGGGUAGAAUAUGAAGGGAAAAUACCUUACCCACGUCCGGGAACUUGUCCAAGCAGAACCUAUGAUCCAUUGAUAAAGACGACAAAGGAUUUUCCUGAUGAUGUCAUCAGCUUCAUAAAAUACCAUCCUAUGAUGUAUCGGCCUGUCUAUCCCAUGACCGCAGAGCCUGUGUUCACUAGAAUAAAUGUGGACUACCAACUUACACAGAUUGUAGUAGACCGUGUAGGGGCAGAAGAUGGACAGUACGAUGUUAUGUUCUUAGGCACAGAUGUGGGUACUGUUUUAAAAGUUGUGAGCGUGACAAAGGAGAAUUGGGUAACAGAAGAGGUUGUGCUGGAAGAGCUGCAGGUGUUCAAGGCGCCUUCUCCCAUUUUAAGUAUGGAAAUGUCUUCCAAACAGCAACAGUUAUUUAUCGGGUCCAGGGAUGGUCUUGUCCAGCUGUCCCUACAUCGCUGUGACACAUAUGGGAAGGUGUGUGCUGAGUGCUGCCUUGCAAGAGAUCCCUACUGUGCCUGGGAUGGAUAUUCCUGUUCAAGAUACAUCCCAGCUUCAAAAAGAAGAGCAAGAAGACAAGAUAUAAAACAUGGUGAUCCUUCAAGCCAGUGCUGGGACCUGGAGGACAGUAUGAGCAAUGAACUUGCUGAAGAGAAGCUAAUAUUUGGUGUUGAAUAUAACUCUACCUUCCUAGAAUGUGUUCCUAAAUCUCAGCAGGCAUAUACUAGGUGGUUUCUGCAGAGGUCUGAGGCCGACCAUCGGGAAGAGAUAAAGCCUGAUGAAAGAGUAAUGAAGACAGAGCUGGGCCUCCUGAUCCGAACGCUGCACAGAAAGGAUACAGGGACAUAUUACUGCACUGCCGAGGAGCACACCUUCACCCACACAGUCGUGAAACUCAAUUUAAAGGUCAUUGAGAAUGAGCAAAUGGAGAACACACAGAAGGCAGAAGAUGAAGAUGGACGUGCCAGAGAUAGUACACUGGAGUCCCGCAACAGAUACAAAGAUUAUCUCCAGCUGCUAAGUAGCCCAACCUUCACCCUAGAUGACUACUGUGAGCAAAAGUGGCACCGUGAGAGAAGGCGGCAAAAGCACAGAGGGUCAGCUGGCAAAUGGAAACACAUGCAGGAGAUAAAGAAAAGCAGAAACAGAAGACACCACACUCGUCACCCAAGCCGCAGUCCUGAAGAUGCUCACACAUAAAUUAAUUUGCGUCUCAGGUAUUUUGUUAUCACCCAACAAGACGAUACACAUCAGUACUGUAUUACCUUGUGUACAUUCCUAAAGAAGAACUUGGAUAUAUAGUUGAUAAAUUGUAGUAUUGUAGGUCCACUUCAACUGGACGUCCAACUAAAGGGACCUUCAACCUUAAGAAUGUCUUUCAAGCUAAGAACUAUUUUGUUUAACACAUGUGUACUUUAAAGGCUAAAUCUUGGUCUGUAUUCCUGCUAUGUAAUUGUAAAUAUUCACACUUGUUCCAAGGGUAUGCGAGACCAAGCAUUCACAGGUGCUUUUUUGACUAACAAUUAGAGCUCAACCGUAACCAACAAGAUUGUUUUGUUGGUAUGAAAUUUAUUUUAAUAUUGUUGUACAAAUUCAAGGUGAUAUUUCACAGCUAGUGAAGGAAAGUAUUAACAUGCACAAUACAUUCUUUUUAAAAUAAAAAUUAGCAAUUGUUUUGUAUACCAUGCCAAUGUGUUUUUGUAUUUAGUAUAUAACAAAUGAAAAAAACUGUUCAGCUGACCAAACACCAUACUUUUAAUUUGUGGUGCCUUCAAGCAACUGCAGUUUCAGUAUUGGUCUAAUCAAAUGCUGAAACCCACACAGUAGUCUUUUAAAACAGUGCAUUUCCAGUGUUCUUCACAUGAAUUCACAAUUAGUUAUUUAUGUAGGUCGUGUGGUUGUAUUUCAAGGCCAGAAACACAUUACAUUUUCAAUUUCACAUUAUACAGUAUGGAUAGAUUUUAUAAAUUCCCAUUAUAACUUGGCAAAUCUCUUAAAAUGCUGUAUUGUAAAUAGUUUGGUGUUAGCUUAUAUUUAGAGAAAAUUGGCUGGUGAUUUCUGUUUUAUUUUAAUGGGAUUUUUUUGUUUGUUUAUUACCAGUUAACAUUCAGCUUAUUAACCAGUUUAUAAAUGUAGCUCAUUUUUUCUGUUACUAAAGUAACCAAGCUAUAUACCAGUACAAAAAUGUAUAGUUUUAUAAAACUUGGUCUCAUUUGAAAAUAAUUACUAGUUACAUCCUUAAAAGUGCUUUUAAACAAAUUUGACCCAAUUUCAAUAAUAUUAGUGACUUGAAAUUGAUAUUUUUAGAUAGUUUACUACUUAUACCCCUGUUAAUUGAUGCAGUUUGGGACCGAUUUGAGCGUGGAUUAGUGAAAAACAUGGAUUAGCCAAAAUUGAGUUUACUGUGUCCCAACAAAGGUCCAAAUAUAUACUGUACACAAUCAGUGUUGUUCAGAGGCAGAGAGCUGGUUUAAUAAAGUCACUGAUCUUGAGUCUUUAAUUGUAACUGCUCUUAUUCAGACUGCCAGGCUAAGCAAGUCAAGUCUGCUUUCUGCUCGCUUGUCACUGGUUUCAGUAACUACAAUACAGUACUGUCCAUUGGCUUGCACUAUACUGCACUUAAUUAAACUAAGCAAAGAAAGCAAUACAAUAAUUUCUUAUAUAAUUCUACAUUCUGCAUGCAUUUAUUUUUAGCUUUAUCUAUUAUUAAUGUUUAGUUUAUAUUGCACAUUGACCCCAAAAAGGUGUGAAACAGUUCAUAAACAUUUAUGGAAUGUAAAUAACUAAGCAUUUACGAAUGCUUGUAAUUUGGCUGAUGCAAAAGCCACACCUGUGUAUAAGCCAAAAGAAUAUGUUUUAUAUAUAAAGUACAUUGGUUCAAUGUAUACUAUUUUUAAGCAUGCUAAAGUGAAAUAUGAACCCUUUGUUGCAUACAAUUUAGACUGCACUGUUCAAUCCCUGUUGCAUGAUGUACACAAAGAUUAUGAGAGUGUGUGCUACAAAUGAUUAAGAACAAACAAUUUAAUUCAAGCAAGGAAACAAAGUUGAUUUGAAAUAAACCCUUUUUUUAACCUUUUUAAUGAAAA